AUGCCCUGGAAGCUGCCGAGCGGGCAGCCGCACCAGGACGGGCAGACUGCCGGCGACGCCGACCAGCUGUACUUCGAGCGCCACAUGGCGCGCGUCGUCGCGUCCAGCCGCGCCGCCGCAGGCGCCAACGUGUGCCUGAUCAUCGACCCCUCAAACGGCGAGGUGAUCGCCGAGGCCUCGGACUGCACCGCGUUGCACCCGCUGCGGCACGCGGUCAUGGAGGCCGUUGCGGCGGCGGCGGAGCGCGACCUGCGGCUGUGGCCGGUCAACGGGUUUGUGCACCUGGGACGCCAAGAGGACACGAGCGUGCACGGCGUCAACACCAUAGUGGACGGCGCCAACGGCGGCGGCGGCGGCGGCGGCGCCAACGGCGAGCUGGUGGUCAGCAACGGCGCAGCCAGCGGCAGCGCGAGCGGAGACGACGAGGGCACGGGCCGUCCGGCAGCGCAGGAGCAGCCGCAAGAGCAGGCUGCGGAGCGGCCGGAGCAACAGCACUCGCCGCCGCCGCCGCCGCCGCAGCAGCAGCAGCAGCAGCAGCAGGCGCAGCAGCAGCAGCAUGAAGACCACCUGCUGAGCGGGCUGAAGCACUGCCACAGCCAAGAGGACGGCCUGGGCGUUGACAGCCCUGCCAAGCGGCAGCGUGUCACAAACGGCUUCGCAAGCCACUCCAAGCCCUGCAGCAGCACCAGCAAGGCGGGGGGUGGUGAGGAGCAGCCGGUGGGAGCAGCGGUGGCGGAUGAGGUUCAGCAGCAGCAGGGGGAGCAGCAGCAGGAGACUCAGCAGCAGGAGGAGGAGCGGCAGCCGUUGCCGCCGCUGCCGCCACAGCAGCAGCAGCCGCAAGAGGGCCGGCAGGAGCGGCAGCAGCAGUCUGAUGGGCCUGCGCCCGCCAACAACCCAGUCAGUGUGCCGCAGGAGCAGCCCAAGCGGCCGGCGUCUGCGUCGCCGUCAGCCGACGGCGGCGCCGGCGCCGAAGUCGGCAGCAGCGGCAACAGCGCGAGCGGCGGCGCGAGCGGGCUGAGCCGCCUGCCGACGCCGGUGCCGAUCACCAGCUGGGCCAACAAGCCGUACCUGUGCAACACGUAUGACGCCUUCCUGCUGCGCGAGCCCUGCGCCAUGUGCGGCAUGGCGCUCGUGCACUCGCGGCUCGCGCGCGUCGUGUACUGCGAGGCGGACGGGCGGCACGGCGCGCUGGGCGGCGCGUUCCGGCUGCAGGCCAACCGCAGCCUCAACCACCACUAUGACGUCUUCCACAUGCCGGCCGAGCGGCGCUCCUCCAAGGCGGCUGGCGGCAAGGCCGCCGCCAAGGCCGCCGCGGCUAUGGCUGUCGUGGCCGCCGCUACGGCGGCGGCGGCGGCGCCCGGUGUUGCAUGA